UGGACGGUAGAUGCUGCUGUCUGCAGCGGGAGCUGAUCGCUGCCGUUAUUAAUCAGGUGAAGCGCAGACUGUUUUGUCGAGAUUUCUUGCUUAUAGUUUUAUAUAUAUAUGUAUAGAUAUAUUCUUCGGCCGUUCUCUGCUGGUGUUCAUGUGAGGAGGAGGUGAGGUGUUAUCCACUGUGGCUUGGGAUGCGCAGUGCGCUGCUGACUGCAGUGUAAACAAGACUGUCCGAGCCUGCGGAGCUGCAGAUCACCACGCACUUCUUGACAGCUGCUUGAAAGACACUGUGUUGAUCAAGAAGCGUCUUUUUUUUCCUGUUCUCCGAUCUCUGUAAGCGGAUAAUAACCUUAAUUUAAUCGGCGCUUUUAAAAGGAUUUUCUGCGCCUUUUCAAAUUAAACUCCACAUAUGUCACUCAGUGCAUCUACUACUUCCGUGCAAACACCACUCCCAGAUUGCCCUUUAAACACCUCAACGGUUUUAGCUGCAACGAAGCAGUCAACUUCUUGGUUUUUUCUUUUUUUUUUUAAUAUUCCAAAAAUGACGGACAACCAGGAGAACACCGACGCUGAGGACGCGUCUCCGUCCGGGAGCCCAACCUUGCCGCUCCGGCCGCCCUGCGAUCGCCUGCCCUGCCAUAAGAGCAGCGUGUGCUCCCGCUCCUACUUUGUGGUCGUGAUGGUGUUUUUCCAUGUCUACAUCAUUAAUGUCAUAGCGCUGCUGUUUUACGUGCACUACAGCAGCGGGCAGGAGGACGCCAGCUCAAGCAGCGAUGCUCCCAGCGGAGGUGGCCAACCCCAGCGCUCGGAAGCGCGACGUCCGUCGCCAUCGAAGCCCGACUUUGUGCGGGAUGUUUCCCUGACGAGAAUCGAGGGGAUACGGGUGGGACAUGUCCAGAAGGUGUCUCUGGUGCCAGGCAGAGUGCAUGAGAUGAAGACUUUGAGCCUGAAACCGCUGCUGUUUGAGAUCCCUGGGUUUUUGUCAGAGGACGAGUGCCGCGUGGUGAUGCAGCUCGCUCAGCUGAAGGGUCUGAUGGAAAGUCAGCUGAUGGUACAAGAAGGCCAAGAGGAGCUGGCUAAAGAGCUCGACCUGAGCCCUGAAGAGAUCUUUAACCUUCUUGAUAUCAACCAGGAUGGACAGCUGCAGCUGCAUGAGAUACUGACUCAUUCCAGAGUGAGAGACGGCAUCUGGCUCACUCCAGAGAACCUGCGAGAAAUUUAUGACGGGCUCAAAGCCGAUAAGGAUGGUGACGGUUUGCUGAACCAGGAAGAGUUUCGGCUACUGAGCAGCGACGCCUUCCAGCGCUUCCUGCUGGAGCGAGGGGUGAAAAGGAGUCAGCUGGUUCGGAACAGCCGGCACACCUGGCUCUAUCAGGGCAAAGGAGCCCAUCAGGUCCUCCAGGAAAUCAAAGAGAGGGUGACUCGCCUCACUCGGCUGCCGGCCGCUUUAGUGGACCUGAGUGAGCCGCUUCAGGUGGUUCGAUAUGAGGAGGGGGGCCACUACCACGCCCACCAUGACAGCGGGCCGGUCUACCCUGAAACAGCAUGCACACACACACGUCUUGCAGCAAACACCUCCACUCCUUUUGAGACUUCUUGCAGGUACAUCACAGUUCUCUUCUACCUGAACUCUGUUGAUGGGGGCGGGGAGACCGCAUUCCCUGUGGCAGACAACAGGACCUAUGAUGAAGUGUCUCUGAUUCAGAAUGAUGUGGAUCUGAUGGACACCAGAAGAAACUGUGACAAGAGCAACCUCAGAGUGAAACCCACCAAAGGGAUGGCUGUUUUCUGGUACAACUACCUCUCCGAUGGAAGAGGCUGGGUAGGAGAGCAGGAUGAAUAUGCUCUGCAUGGAGGCUGUGUGGUCACCCACGGCACUAAGUGGGUAGCCAAUAAAUGGAUCAAUGUUGAUCCAGAUUACCAGCGCCAGGCUCGCUACCAGCAGUUGGUUUCACAGCUGCCAGAUGAUGAGAAUGAUGACGAUCUGACUUCGAAUGCAGACAUACAGAAUCCCAGCAUCCAUCAAGAUUUGUAGCUCCGACACCAAUACAUUCAUAUGUUUAACAACAAAAUCUUCCACCUCUUCCUCUUUCCCAUGCACAGCAUUUUUUGGACCAGUUUGCAGGGUUGAGAUUUAUUCAGGGAACGAGUUCACUGUGGGAAAUAGAUCCUUUUUCUACAACAGUCUGUUUAUUUUGUGUAUUAUUCUAUUUCUAUUUCCCACUGUAGGAGUGUUGCAGUAGAGCCUGUGGAAGAAUUGUAAAUUUUAAAUGUUUCAAAGUGUGUAGGGUUUAGUGACAUCUAGUGGCAAAGUUUCCAAGUGCAUGCUGUUGAUUUUUUUUCCCUUUUUGAAACUCAUCUUCCAGACCCUGUAGGUCAAUAUCAGCAGCUGUCAAAGAGAAAAAGUAUUUUUAAAAUUAUUGACAUAGCCAGGGUUUGUCUGAUCCACUAUAAAAAUACUGCAGGAACCUGCAAAAAAGCGACUCAAACAAUCUCUAUGUAAACAUCUAUUUUUUUUUCAAUAAUAGCACAGCGUUUCUUAUAUUAUUGUGAUAUCUUGCCUUUCUGCCAGUAGAUUCCUCUAAAUGUUACACACGUGAACUUAAAAUGACACAUUUCUUUGCAUGCAUAAUUUAAAAGGUUUUGCUGUGGCAACAAGCAAAUAUUUGCACUAGAAAAUUGUGACAGCUGCCGUUACCAAAAGAAGCUCACACCUCUCGGUGUGAUGCAUGAUGCCUUGUCUAUGUCUCUUCAGUACAAUACUACUGUUUUCUUCUAGAAUGCACAAUGAAUAAAAAUGAUGUCCAGAGUUAAUUUUAUUUAUUUAUUAAAUAAUUACUGAAAAUGCACUCUCUCGCUGUUCCUGCACCGAAUAAAAUGUAAUGAAACUCAACAGUCCUCUGAAUCCUUCUUUUCCAACAAUACUUUAAAUAUGCUUAAAUUACAUUUUAACAUGACAAUAAAAUGAAAACAAAAACAUAACCAAAAGUACAAUGAGGUGCAAAGGAUUUAAACUCUCCUUAAUUUGUUUCUAUUGAGGUGACAGACCUUCUUUUAAUCUGUAAAACUGCUCUUUAUGAUCAAAUUUUAGACUUUGGCUGCUUUUCAUAUGUAUUCUGACCAGUUGUUGGACCUUAUAAUGACAGCUUGUUCUGCACUGUGUGAUCUUCAACUCCAUCAUUUGAAAGUCAUUAUCUUUAAGAAGCAGGGAAGAUUUGAUGCAGCAUCUAAAAGAUCAGUUCAUCAUUUACAUUAUAACAAGUUUUCAGCUUACAACACUUUUUAAAUUUCAGAUGAAAAAUGAGAUAGGUACAAUUUCAUAAAACAUAUUUUUCAAAAGCAUAAUGUUGUAGUUUUCCAACAGCUGCUUUAUAAAAUCUUUUUAUCUUCCUUAACAUUAUCCUUCCACUGCAUUCAGUGACAAGAUAAAUGUUGGUCUGGGCUUAGUUGUUAAUGUUUGACAUUUUAAAGUUGUUUUCAGGAGGCGCUAAUUUGCUCUUGCAGUUAUUUCCUGAUUUAAAUGAAUGGCAUGUACUUCAUGAUAUCUAUGCGCCAAUAGAUGCAAUUUUCCCAUUUUGAUGAAGAAUGGUUAUGGGUCUCAUCAAAAUUAAAGCCCAGGGAAGCAGAAAAUCAUGAAUUUAAUGUUAAAAAAUUAUCAAGCACUUAAUUAGACUUAAAGAGUACCAAUUUAUUUAUUUAUUUAUA